UGCAAUAGCAUCAAUCUUACGAGCCUGGCUCGAUCAAUGCUCUGAGGAUUUCAGAGAGCCGCCCGACUACCCAUGUUUGCUGAAGUUGCUGGAUUACCUGAAGAGGAAUAUACCUGGCUCUGACCCAGAGAGGAGGGCACAGAAUAUCUUGGAGCAGUUCCAGAACCAAGAAGUGGAAAAUGAUGAUGGGUUCCAUAACACUUCCCCCUGUAACCUAUAUGAUGAAGAGGAACUGGAGAUCAGCAGUCCAGAAGAAUUCUCUUUUUUCCAGGAAGACCUUGUGGCAGAACAGUUGACAUACAUGGAUGCAAAACUCUUCAAGAAAGUUGUGCCCUACCACUGUUUGGGAUGCAUCUGGUCUCGAAGGGAUAAGAAAGAAAACAAGCACGUGGCACCUACCAUCAGAGCCACCAUCUCUCAGUUCAAUGCAGUUACCAAAUGUGUUGUCAGCACUAUCCUGAAGAGCAAAGAACUCAAAACACAGCAAAGAGCCAAGAUCAUUGAGAAGUGGAUUCAUAUUGCACAUGAAUGUAGGAUCCUGAAGAAUUUUUCCUCGUUGAGGGCCAUCAUUUCAGCACUGCAGUCCCACUCCAUCUAUCGGCUAAAGAAGACCUGGACAUGUGUUCCAAAGGAUGUAAUGCUGAUGUUUGAAGAGCUGUCUGAUAUCUUCUCAGACCAUGACAAUUAUUUGACAACUAGAGAGCUGCUAAUGAAGGAAGGAACAUCCAAAUUUGCGAAUCUGGACAGCAGUGUGAAAGAAAAUCAGAAAAGGACCCAGAGGCGACUGCAACUUCAAAAAGAUAUGGGAGUAAUGCAAGGCACAGUACCUUAUCUUGGUACCUUCCUCACUGAUCUCAUCAUGCUUGACACAGCCCUUCAGGACUAUGUUGAGGGUGGCCUGAUAAAUUUUGAGAAGAGGCGAAAGGAAUUUGAAGUAAUUGCCCAAAUUAAGCUCUUGCAAUCUGCAUGUAACAGCUAUUGCAUGACACCAGACCAAAAAUUCAUCCAGUGGUUCAGGAGACAGCAGCAUUUAACUGAGGAGGAGAGUUACAGCCUUUCAAGUGAGGUUGAAGCAGCUGCUGACACUAGCACCACAUCACCGAAAUCUCGGAAAAGCAUGGCGAAGAGGUUCAGCCUGCUGUUUCUAGGCUCCGAGGUGAUCGCCCAUAGCACACCCAUCAAAGAGCAACCCAAAUCUACUCCAGGUGGGAGCUCUGGUGAAAGCACGGACUCGGCCAGUGUUUCAUCGUGUGAGUUUAAUCACUCUGAAUCUGAAGACGUCUCCAUCAGUCCCAUAGGCACUCCUGAUGAGUCUCAGAAAAAG